AUGACCCAGCUGGCCGCCGACGCCCUGGCGCAGGGCCAGGAGUAUCUGCCGGACCGGGUAGUGAGCAAUGUGGACGACCCUGGUCUUGGGGUGGCCGCCAUGGAGGCAGACGACGCCACGGGCGGUGGCGACGGAGCAGGCGGCUCCGGAGGAGGAGGCGGCAGUCUCGAGGACUGGCCAGACGAUGACGAGGAGGAGCGCGUGCCAUGCCGCCCGCCGGUUGCCAACAGGACGGGGGCGAGCUCCUCAGCGGCGCCGGCUGCACCAGGCGGCGCACACAAGCGACGAGCCGGCUCGCAGCUGCAAGGUGGCCGGCCGAAGAAGCCCAAGGGUUCGGCCGCAGCGACCCGGUGGGACGAGGCCGCGGCGAAGGCGACCCGAUUCCAGAGGGCCCCAAAGCACCCGCCGACGAACGUGCGGGAGGCGCGCGAGGAGAAGGAGAGGGCGGAGCACGCGAAGGCGGACGCGGCCAAGGUGGCGCAGGAGGGGGAGGACGCGGCGGCCAAGCCCUAUGCCAAUGUCACGGCCAAGGCCCGGGAGGAGGAGGCGACCAAGGCCCAGGCGGACGCGGCCGCCAAGGCACAAGCAGGAGCAGCCGCGGGUGGCCAGGCUCCACAGCUGGUCAUUCCGCUGCGCUCCAUGCCGCCGGCGACAGAGAUCCCGACGCUAACUGGAGGAGCCGGCAACGACCAGCCGGUCAUCGAGAGGGAGGGAGGCGACGCCGUCAUCCCGAGGACGGAGGUGUCCCGGCAGACGCCGGCUGCCGAGGAUCAGGAUUACCACAACAUUCAUGCGGCUGCCUACAACUCCCAAGUCCAGGAGCUGGCCAAGCGGACCACUGAGCUGACCGACAGCCCCCAAGAUUCGGGAGCCAAUGCCACCUUGCGGCAGCAAAUGGGCGAAGCUCAGACCGCGCUGCAUGCCAAGGAGGGGGAGCGCCUCAAGGUGGAGCAAGAGCGAGACCGCCUGGCUAAGCAGCUGGCUGACCAGGCGGACAAGCAUAAGGCGGAGCUGCAGAAGCUAAAGGAUGCGGAGGAGGCCCUUCAGGCCGAGUUCGAGACUCAACACUCGAACUGGGUCGAGAAGGAGAAGGCCCUGUCGGACGGCUACGGCGAAAUCGAGGACCUACUCAAUGAGUAUUUCCCUGGUUACUCCGUCGCUGCGAGCCAAGCCGUCGAGGCUCGCUGUGACGAGCGGAGGUUGGAUGGUGCAACAAUCGCACCCAACGCCCCUUGGACUCUCACCGAGCAGAUGCUCGCCAUCCAGGCUCGUCUCCAGCCGGCGCAUCGGGCCCUCCGGCGUCUUCAGCGCGCCGGAGCCCAGGUGGUUUCCGCCCUCUGGCCGGGUACUCCCAUUCUGCGCACCGCCAGUAGGACCUCCGACUGGUUGGAGGUGGCCAUCGGUCGCAUCGAGGCGUGGAAGGGCUCCUCCGCCCGGGCGGGGGCGCGCCGAGCCUUGGAAUUCGUCAAGGGGUGGUACCCUGGGCUAAACUUAGACCAGCUGGCCAAGCUUCGUGCUGAAGCCGGCGAGGAAAUGGAUGCGGUGGCGUCCGAGCUAUAUCACCGCGCCGCGGCGAUCGCCGAGUACACGGACACCAGCGUCUUCCUCCCUGAGCUGGACGAAGCGGGCGCCGAGGUGUCGCCCAACUGGUUCAGGCUGAACCCAGAAGGCGGCGGGGACUCGGUGGAGGAGAUCGCCUCCAGCGACGAAGGCGAGGAGGAUGAAGAUGAGGACGAGGACGGCGAAGACGAUGCGCCGGACGGUGGAGACGGCGGUCGGCUUCAUCCUGACCAGGUUUCGACCAACGGGCGGCACGCCGGCGAGCUGACUACCACCGAUGCCGACCAAGAUGAGACCAACCAGAUGGCCGUUCCACCACCCGGAGCCUCGACCUCCGCCGACCCUUCUGAUCCGGCUGCUGCUCCUAUGGCCUAG